UUUCAGUUUUAAAAUUUCUCAUAUAUUUAUUCGAAAUGUUUGAGUGGACGUAGAGUUAACUAUAUCUUCUGGAACAAUUUCAUAGUUUCCUAAAGAGAAAAAUCUAAUUUCUUAGAAAAUAUCUAACAUUCAUAGGUGUAAUGUGACAAUAAAUUCGAAUUUUUAAUCUUAUCAUAUCGAUUAGAUUUAAAUCACAAUUGCUCCCAUACGGUGGUUUGAUUGUUUGAAAAUUAUGAUUCUGCUGUAACCUACACGCAUUAUGUCCAACGCUAAUUAUAGUGAAGGCAAGGAAAACUAUCCUCUACACGAAUGUAUUUUUAUCGGGGACGUACGCAAGCUAUCUUCGUUGCUGAGAAAUAAUGAGGUGACCCGUAAGGACAAACAUGGGAACACAGCUUUGCACCUUGCUGUUAUGUUGGGACGUAAAGAGUGCGUACAGUUGUUAUUGGCGCACAGUGCCCCUGUAAAAGUAAAAAACCUUGCAGGAUGGUCGCCCCUUGCCGAAGCGAUAAGCUAUGGGGAUCGUCAGACUAUAUCCACUUUGGUACGUAAACUCAAGCAACAGGCUCGAGAACAAAUGGAAAUCAGAAGGCCUGAUCUGAUACGAGCUCUCUCACAAAUUCAGGACUUCUAUAUGGAACUUAAAUGGGACUUCCAUUCAUGGGUUCCUUUAGUCUCAAGAAUUUUACCAUCAGAUGUUUGUAAAAUUUUUAAAUCUGGAUCAAAAAUUAGAUUAGAUACAACCUUAGUUGACUUUUCUGACAUGAGAUGGGAGAGAGGUGAUAUAUCUUUCAUUUUUCAAGGUGAAAAGCCACCUACUGAAUCCCUCACUGUUUUAGACAACAAACUAAAGGUUUAUCAAAAGGUGCGAUAUGAAGAAACCGAAACAGAAAUUGAGGAUGAAGUUGACAUACUUAUGUCCAGUGAUAUUUUGGCUGCUCAGAUGUCAACUAAAGGAAUAUCCUUUUGUAGAGCUCAAUCAGGAUGGAUAUUUCGAGAAGAUAGAAAAGAGACUGUAGCUGGAUUGUACCAAAGUGAAGUAUAUAGUAUAUCAGGCUUAGUACUGGAGUCUAGGAAGAGACGAGAACAUUUGUCGAGUGAUGACUUACAAAAAAACAAAGCAAUACUGGAAAGUUUAACUAAAGGCAACACACAACAUUUGGAUACUAAUGGUGAACCCACGCGGCGAGCUUCAUUGAAUCCCCCUCCUGAAAGUAAAGUGGAUUGGGAAGCCUAUAUAUCAGCACCACCUGGCCAGUAUCCUAGUUUAGGUAGAGCAGUGGUAUACAAGGAGUCUUCUCGAAGUUUUCGUGCUACAAUCUCUAUGAGUGAUGAUUUUCCACUCAGUGUAGAGAUGUUACUAAAUGUAUUGGAAGUGAUAGCUCCUUUCAAGCAUUUUGCAAAAUUAAGGCAAUUUGUUGCUCUGAAACUACCAAAAGGGUUUCCUGUGAAAAUCGAUAUUCCGAUUCUACCAACAGUCACGGCAAAAAUCACAUUUCAAAAAUUUGAAUUCCGUGAUGACAUACCCGAUGAUUUGUUCAUAAUACCUGAGGAGUUUAUUGAAGACCCUUUGCGUUUUCCUGAUUUAUGACAUUUUGAUAUUCUAACACUGUUUGAAAUAAGUGAGAGGCCUAAGUGGCUGAGUGAAGUUAAAAGUAGUAAAAUGCGGAAAACAAUUAUGCGUCGGUCAUUCACACACAACAUGUUGUCUGUUGAGUUUCCCAUGCUGUUUGGACUCGGUAGCUCCUAUUCCAGCCAUUGUGUCAUCUUUGUAGAAUAGCUAAAUCCUAAAUAUACUGUUAAAAGUGUGGUGAAUUGUUUGUGUAGUAGUUCCUGUAUGACAGUGUUAGAAUUGUUGUAAACAAAAUCUAUUCUGUAUUACUUAAUGUUAUAUUGUUUAAAUUUAAAUAUUUUAUUCUUUUGACUUUUUAUAUUUUGAUUUGAUUUUUUUUUAAUUUCAUUAAAAUAUA